GCUUUUCAAUGACCGUCUUGCUUUUCUUCGCUAUAAGUAUAGAGAGAGCAUAACCAAGACUCUCAUUCUCUCCAUUCCUAUAACCCGACCCAAUGGCCCGAAGAUCCAUGCCCAUCCUCCGACAACUCCGGAACUUCCCAUCUUCUAUUAUCACACCCACUCGAUCCGUCACCUACAUGCCCCGCCCUGGCGACGGUGCUCCCCGAGCCGUCACCUUGAUCCCUGGUGACGGGAUCGGCCCUAUGGUGACGGGUGCGGUGGAGCAGGUGAUGCAUGCGCCUGUGUAUUUCGAGCGAUACGAGGUUCACGGAGACAUGGAUCGCGUGCCUGAAGAAGUGAUCCAGUCAAUUAAGAAGAACAAGGUUUGUCUAAAAGGAGGAUUGGCUACGCCGAUGGGAGGAGGUGUCAGCUCGGUUAACGUCCAGCUAAGAAGAGAGCUCGAUUUGUACGCUUCGCUUGUCAAUAGCUUCAAUUUGCCUGGCUUGCCUACAAGGCACCAGGAUGCUGAUAUCGUGGUGAUUAGAGAGAACGCUGAAGGCGAGUACUCUGGCCUCGAACACGAGGUCGUCCCUGGAGUCGUCGAGAGCCUUAAGUUGAUAACAAAGUUCUGCUCGGAGCGGAUUGUAAAAUAUGCAUUCGAAUAUGCUUAUUUGAACAAUAGAAAGAAAGUGACUGCUGUGCAUAAAGCCAACAUUAUGAAGCUCGCUGAUGGGUUGUUCUUGGAAUCAUGCCGAGAAGUAGCUACCAAGUAUCCAGGGAUUAAGUACAAUGAAAUCAUUGUAGACAAUUGCUGUUUCCUAGCCUGA